GUAACAUGAUUUUGGGUAAAAAAGCAUUCUUUGUUUGCCCCUCAGACUCUCUGGCAGUUUUAGCUAAUAAUUUAGAAUGCAUUCCAUAUUUUAAAAAGACUGGUGUCAAAGGUUAUGCAAGGAGCAUGCCUACUGCUGGAGCUGUUGAUAGGGUUGCUGAAGUUACCGGCAAAAAGAGUUAUGAAACACCAACUGGCUGGAAAUAUUUUGGCAAUUUAAUGGAUGCUGGAUUGCUUUCACUUUGUGGGGAAGAAAGUUUUGGCACUGGAUCUGAUCAUAUUAGAGAGAAAGAUGGAAUUUGGGCUGUUUUAGCAUGGCUUUCUGUCAUUGCUAACACAAAUCUGAGUGUUGAAGAUCUUCUGACACAGCAUUGGGUUAAAUUUGGAAGAAAUUUUUUCACUAGGUAAAAAUGAUUUU